AGGCAGACGACAAGCAUGAAUCAGCAGAACCCCGGGGCUGUGUGCAGGAGACUGGAGGAAGGGACAGGGGCGGCGCCUUUGCACUCACUCCGCUGGUCCUUUCGCUAUAAAAGAGAACGCAGAGUUCUUCGCUCCACAACAUCUUUCUUCCAUCCAUCCUUCUCCUGUGAGCUCUGCGUGCCUGACGUGUACUUGCCAGCCAUGGACCCCAAAUGCAACUGCGAGAGUGGCGGUUCUUGCACCUGUGCAGGCUCCUGCAAAUGUAAAUCCUGCCGCUGCACCUCCUGCAAGAAAAGCUGCUGCUCCUGCUGCCCAGUGGGAUGUGCCAAGUGUGCCCAGGGCUGUGUCUGCAAAGCCCCCCAGACUGAGAGUUGCAGUUGCUGCCAGUGAUGGUCCUGUCUCCUUGUGCCUGUAGAUAGAGGAAUUUGUACAGACCUGAUUUUUUAUACACCUAGUUGU